AAGCAACCCUGCUUUUUCUUUAAAACCCCUUGGCCGAUCUCUGUCUCUGCUGCCUAUAAAGCGCCUCAUCGCUGAGCUCGCCGUUUCCCUCACUUUCCCGAGAAAGUUUAGGGUGAGAAAUGGUGGCGGACAAGGGGAAAAAAUCGAAGGUCGCGGAGGAUUCCGAUAACAUUGACGGUGAGCUCGUUCUGUCUAUCGAGAAUUUGCAGGAGGUUCAAGAUGAACUCGAGAAGGUCAAUGAAGAGGCCAGCGACAAGGUGUUGGAAGUUGAGCAGAAGUAUAAUGAGAUACGCAGACCUGUCUAUGUCAAACGGAAUGAGAUCAUCAAAGCUAUUCCUGACUUCUGGUUAACUGCUUUCCUGAGCCACCCUGCACUUUGUGAUCUUUUGAGUGAGGAAGACCAGAAGAUCUUCAAUUACUUGGACUCUCUAGAUGUGGUGGAUUUUAAAGAUGUGAAGUCGGGGUACUCCAUUACAUUUAACAUGAAUGAGAAUCCUUAUUUUGAAGACACAAAGCUGACGAAAACCUUCACAUUCUAUGAUGAGGGAACGACCAAGAUAACUGGUACGAACAUCAAGUGGAAGGAGGGAACGGUUGCUUCUAAUGGAGUUGAUCACGAGAAAAAAGGAAACAAGCGGCCGCAUGCUGAUGAGAGCUUCUUUAGUUGGUUUGGUGAAACCCAACAGAAAGAUAUUACAGAGCUCCAUGAUGAGAUUGCAGAGAUAAUAAAGGAGGACUUGUGGCCCAAUCCUCUUAAGUAUUUUAACAAUGAGGCUGAUGAAGAGGAUUCUAAUAGUGAUGGAGAUGAUGAAGAGGAAAAUGUUGAUGAUGAUGAAGAACAAGACGAUAACGAAGAUGACGAAGACGAAACCAAGGGAGCUAGCUAAGCUCUUUCUGGCAUACUUGCCAUUAUAUCUUUCUUUUUGUCUUAUGGUUCGUGGCAACGAGAAGUGCAAUCUCUAGUUAGUACAAACCUUUGUGGUUACACAGGAUUUACUGUGCUGGUCACACUUUGUAACAGAUUGUCAUGUUAUUUACUAGUCUUUUUGCUUU